UGCAAUAGUUUAUUAUUAUUAAGAAAAAAUCCUAUAUCUCGUUUUAAAGAGUCCAUUAGCUAAUUUGCUAAAAAAUCAUGGUCAACAAGUCAUAAUUGAGUGAAAUGUUUAAUAUAUACGCAAUUCAAAAUAACGAGUUGCCUCUGUAUUUCUUACACUUCAUUGAAAUCAAUAGCAGCUGAAAACCUGCACAAUGAACGCAUCCGCCUUAAGAAUCGCUUCGAAUCGGACGUUUCCAAUCGCUUUAUUAGUGAACGGGCCAACGCGAUUCUGGUCAAUUAUUUAGCUGACUCCGUUCGUCAAGUGAUCCUCAGCGAAAUGCAUCCGUUCCGGCCAUAUACAGCUUAAGCAUAAGCCGAUACAGCAAAAGUAUUGAUUGCACAUAAUUAUAGGAUUCUCCCAGCGAGUCGCCCCAGUUCCAACAGAAGCAGCGGCCCACAUCGAUCCAAAACCCAAAAGUGAAAAGUGAACUAUACAAAAUAAUCAAAAAAAAUUUCGUGCUCACAACUUGACCAACAUUUGCGCAUAAUUAAAUGUGGCAACUGGUUUCGGGCUGAAACGCAUAAAAAUCGGAAGUUGAAGCUUUAAAUUUAAUGCGCUUACUUUAAAGAGUGUUGAAAGCGCAGCGAUCAAAUUGCCAGCAGGCAUGACAUGCAGUCAGAUAGUUACAAAAAAGGAAUUCAACUUUUUGGCAAAUUGCUUUUAAUGGAUUUCUUCAAAGCGACUUUUAAAAUAACGUCUUUAAUUUGAAUUACUCCACACUUAACGAAGCUGCAACAAACCUAACGAAUAGUUGCUUACGUACAUAAGCAAGCAGCUCCGAAAAUGUCAAAAAGAGACACUAACAUCUAAGGAAGCUAUAGCAAAUCUAACGAAGCAUGCUGUCUGUCACAAGCUAACGGCUGGAAAACCUUUGAUAUUGUUGACAAUAGUUUUGAACAAUAGAUGCCGCUACUUGAUAUCCGUUGCCCGGCAACCAUUUGAAUUACAUCAAAACAGAACUUGACAAUUGCAAAUUUUGCUUUGACACUCGAAAAUCGAUUGGGAGAAUUAAGUAAUCAGGAUGAAAUUCAUACCGCUGCACACCACAAACACAGCCAUUGUGUACAAGAAUUCGCUAUGCUCGCUAGCCUCGCUGCUGGUGCUCGUCUUCAUAGCUCUGUCCGUAAUGCUGCCCGUUUUGUUGGUCUCGCUGUUGAGUCCGUACUCCGGCAUAUCGGAGUCGCGGGUGUUAUAUGAGCAGCCGGCCCUAAGGUUUAAAUAUCAGUACAUAUUCGUGGCCCACAUGGACUCGACGCAGGACGAUGAGCCGCUGGAAUCGUCCUUUCUAGCCUGCAGCAGCUUCGCCAACUUCAAUGCGCGCGUACAAAACUAUUCGAGUCUUUGCGAGGCGAGCAAAUAUUGGACACAGGACUUGGACUACGAUACGGUUACGGAUCGCGUGAACUUUCAGCUGGAACUAAAGCAGCUGCCCGCACAUUUGAUAAGCUUUGAUUUGCUGCUGUUCUUCGAGGCGCAGCUGCGCCAUAAAUGCGUCCUUAAUCCACCCGCGGUGCUGGCACAUCAACUACAGCUGCCGCAGGCUGUGCGCCUGCAGAAUGGACACGUUCAAUUGAAAGGCGAGUUAAAGCUGAAGCAAUUUGUGGAGUUCACCUGCCCAUUUCCGGGACGCAACCUGCAAACCAACUUUCGCCAGGUGCAACUGGAUACGAGCAACAGUUUGGCGGACAUCUCACAGUACAAAAUGGAAUCGCUGUUGGGCCAGGUGAAAGCAAAUCCAGCCUACUUCCAGAUGGCCGUGCAGGAGACCUACUACAGGCCCACACCGUCGCGCCUAAGUCCCGGACUUACCAUCGACGUGGAGCUAGAUGUGCCACAAUUGCCAGCACGCUAUCAUUUGAGCAUUUGGGAACGUCUCGGUCAGUUUUGGCUGUAUUUUGCGUCUUUUUUUGGUAUUUCGUUUUACAUUAUGAAUAAGUUGAAGGACUUUCUAUUCGGACGCCAUAUCGUACGAUCCUGGGAGAUAAUACCAUGGAAGAAGCUAUACUGACACG